GCUGUCGUCGUCGUCGUCCACCAACUUCCUCAAGACACCACUUUUAAAAACGAACCACAAUGGUCCGAAUCUCCGUCCUUAACGACUGCCUCAACAACAUUGUCAACGCCGAGAGGCGCGGCAAGCGACAGGUCCUCAUCCGACCCUCUUCAAAAGUCGUUGUCAAGUUCUUGAGUGUCAUGCAGCGCCAUGGCUACAUCGGCGAGUUUGAAAUUAUCGACGACCACCGCGCCGGCAAGAUCGUCGUUCAGUUGAAUGGUCGCCUCAACAAGACCGGUGUCAUCUCUCCCCGAUUCAACGUCCAGGUUACCCAGAUCGAGUCUUGGGUCAACUUGCUCCUCCCUGCUCGUGGCUUCGGUAUCAUCAUCCUCACCACCUCCUCAGGUAUCCUUGACCACGAGGAGGCUCGUCGCAAGAACGUUGGAGGCAAGCUCUUGGGAUACGUUUACUAAUCAUGUUGUAAAAUCUAGUGUAGCAUGACUUUGAAUUGAUACCGCGAUUAUCGAUCACA